AUGUCGCUGAAUAAGAAAUAUGCCAAUUUACCCGAUCUGGACCUUGCACCAGAUGUCUACGAAACUCCAGACUUGACCGAUGGCGCAUCUACAGUUCCAACAACAACUGUACGUACGAACUCCGACUCAGACGACGAAUCUAACCCCGACAUCGACCGCAACAAUCUCAACGCCGACGAGGCAAGACUACACUUCCUCCGCGCCAGCGGCGUGAAUGCCCGCGAAGUCGACUUUUCGGAUACAAUCGCCACAAAAAGGAAAGCAUACAAAUCGCGCUCGGGGCAGCGAAGACGUCGCCGUGAUGAUGGGACAGAGGAUAUUGGGGAUAUCAGUGACAGCGAUGCGGAGGGUCAGGAGUCGUUUGAGCGGAAGUUGGCCCGGCUCAGAAGGGAGACGGAGGAGCUGAAGGCUGAGAUGGAGAGGAGGGAUCAGGCGAGGCAAAACGAUGGGCCGAAAAAUGAAGAGGAAGAUGAUGAUGGGAUCGACGAAUUGAGCAAGGCUUUGGAUAGUAUCCAUUACUCGUCUACACGGGCCAACGCUACAUCGGACGCAAUUCUUUCGCGGAAACUGGCAGCAGCUGUAAACGCAUCAAAGGACGCCAACACAGCGGAUAAGAAGAAACCUCCGUCUCAAGCUACAUUGCCAGCACCGGCAUCAGGCCUUCUCGAACAUGCAGCAUCCUUUGAUACUCGUCUCACCCUGAUGGAAGCUGCAAUGGGCAUCUCAAGCGGCUCGAAUCCAUUUUUCGCAGCAAAAGAUGCUCAACCACGACUACAACCCGUGCUCCCUGCCCUCGAACAUCUCACAUCCCAGAUCACCGCGCUAACAGGCACCCUCGGCGGACCAACCGCCUCAUCCACCGCCGCCACCACAACAACCGCACAACUCGAAUCCUUAUCCUCGCGCAUCAAACGCCUCACCGCCGAUGCCGAGAAUCUCGCCAACGCCCGCCGUCACGCCAGCGAAGUCGCAGCUAGAGCAGUCCCCGACUCUCCUUCUGGUGCCGGCGGCGGCGACGCAUCAACAUCCUCCGGCGGUACAGAAGUCAACAACAACACAGAAUCCAACACCCAGCGUGAAGAGCAAGCCGCCAAAAUCCAAGCCCUCUACGCAACUCUCCCAACCAUCCAGUCCCUCCACCCCCUCCUCCCCAGCGUCCUCGAACGUCUCCGCAGCUUACGCGCAAUUCAUGCCGGCGCCGCACAAGCUAGCGAGACUCUCGACGCCCUAGAAAAGGAUCAAGCAGAAAUGAGUAAAGAGAUUGAACAAUGGCGCGAAGGGCUAGAGACCGUCGAAGGCAAAAUUCGCGAAAGUGAGGUGUCGAUGAAGAAGAAUAUUGAGUAUGUGGGACCGUGGGUGGAAGAUUUGAAGAAGAGGAUGGAUAGGUUGGAGCAGUUUUAA